AUGGGUGAAGAAAGCAGCUCCAACCACCAAACAACUUCGGUUGCCGGAGGCGCCAGUGCCACACCCACUCCAGCCAAUAACGUCGGAGGCGGAGCGGGAUGGGGGGACAAGGUCUGGAUGGGAGGCACAGAGCAGGGCACUGGCCAUGCAGAUGCUCCCAAUCCCAAAUCAACAAUGGGCGACUUUCUUGGUUUGCAGGAUCAAAAGUCGCGUGCCGAGAAUAAGUACCUCCAGCGAGUGGACCUGGCCGAGGGCAACGCCAGCCCCAUGAAUAGCCAAGGAGAGCCGACAUGUGCCACUGAGGACCAUAGCUUCAUGGGAGAAAAGGCUGGUGGCUCUGAUACGUUGCCUGGCUGGCACGCCAUCAAGAAUCUUGUUAACGGCGGGUGA